UCUAACACAGUAGUCCGACUUUUAUCAAUCCUAAAAACGAGGUGCUGAAAUUUAAGUUUAAUAAACAAAAUGGAGCAACCAGACAAAAAUCUCAUAGAAGUGCUUGAAGAAGAGGCUAGAAUGUUGGGUACUACACUAGCAUUACAAAAUGCCGGUGCCCAAAAUAACAGGCUCAAACUGGAGGUCACUAGGCUGGAAGAGAUCCUGGAGAAGCAAAGGAAGGUUCUGCAGAAGGCCGAGGACAACAGAAAGGAGGGUGAAUUGAUCUUCUCAACGCUGUUGGGAUUAAAUAAUGAUACUGGGAGUAACCUAAUAGAUUCAACAGAUCUAUUGAACAGUGAGGCACCAUCAAAAAAAUCAGAUGAAGAUGAAGAAAAAGAAUUUUCCCAGUAAUACCCCUGCAAAUUCGGAUACCAUUAUAAAGAAGACUGAUAUGUUAUAUUCCAUGUCUUUAAGAAACUAAUAAUUAAUUUAAAUAGUUGUAU